GGUCGCUGAGUGAGAGCUGCUGCUGCCUCCUGCACUGGUCAUCACAUCUCCACAAUAGGUCCUUCAGUAUAAGGGGAGAGCUGCUGAUGCCACCUGCACUGGUAAUCACCCCUUCACAUCAGGUCCCUCAGUAUAAGGUUAAUAUUCGGAUAUCAUGAAAGCCUCAAAGACCAUUAACCGUCUGAAAUGGAAAUUAGCUGAGGUGUUUGAGGAGAACGCGGAUGGUUUCAUGGAUGAAGUGGACUCCCUCCAGCUCAUAACCUAUGAAGAGUAUAGAGUUCUGUGUGGAGCUGCGAGCCCGACAGAGAAAACGCUCCGUCUGAUGGAGCUGAUUCUUCAUAAGGAGGAAGGGGCCUGUAUGACGUUCCUUGAUCAUCUGGAGAACAUGAUUCCCAGAUUUCCACCAUUGUCUCGGAUGUCUCGACACUUCCAUGAUUGUAAAAAGAAAACUUUUGAAGACCUCUUGUUUGAACUUGGAAUGGAUAAGAACAGAAACUCGCAGCUGACUCUGAGGAAUGUUCUGAGCAUUGGUCUGGAGAAUCUAAAUAAUUUCAAUCCUAAAACCCCCGCAGACCUCCCCCAUCACUUCUUAAGGAAUAUUAUAGCCUUGGACAGAAGUGCAAGAAAUACUGAACUUUACAAUAAUCUGUCAGACCAGGGAUCAAGUGUAGAUGAUGAUCCAUUUGAUAUGUUCAACAGUAAAACAGCAAAUGGUUAUAGAUCAAAAUCUCUUCACCCUUUAGAUGUUCUGUGCGCUGUCCUCAACUGUUCAGAUAAAAGCCUUCAGCAGGAGAUUAUAUCUAAAAUGUCAGUUUGUCAGUUUGCUGUUCCUCUCUUGCUUCCUGCUGGUGAUGGUCCUAACAGCACCUUCAUGCUUUGGGCAAUGAGAGACAUAGUGAAGAAGUGGAGACCUCAGUCACUGGCCAACAGUAAAGGCUUCAGAGAAGACAACGUGGUGAAUAUUGAAAUGCCGAUGUUCUCUUUCGUCAGGCUGGGGCCAAAUAAAUUAUCUAAAUCUAAAAUAUUAAACCAGGUCCUGAACCCAGCUCAACAACAUCAUGACUUCUUCAUACAUGACAACAUGGAAGGAGGGAACAUUGAGAGGAAGAUAUCUGAUGGGCUAGUGGAGAUGUCCUGGUACUUUCCUUGUGGGAAAUCAGAUGUUUUCUUAGGGCCUAUUGCUGUGGCAAACCUACGUGGAGACCUGGAGUCCAACUGGGAACAGUUCACUGUUCUCACCCGAAUCUCAUCGGCCACCUUUGUAUUUCUUGAGAGCAUGUGUGAGAGACAGCUCCGAUUAUUAUCAACCUGGUGUCCCGAUGACACUAAGUUUUAUUUCAUUGUCAGUCCAGGAAAAGACAAGGCUGUUGACCCAGAGACAAGGAGACACAUACAAAAUCUACUCCCACUUCUAAAGAUUGAGAGAACAAAUGUUAUAGUAAAAUCGGCCACUGUGAAUGAUGCAGACUUCAUGAACAAGGUCAAAAAAAUGAUGGACUGUCAAUUAAAAAAUAAUCCUAAACUAGUAAGACUUAAGGAUAUAACUGAACAAACUUCUAAUCUUAACAUUGAUAUAGAUGAGGCUUCUCCAGAGUUGAGGACAGCAAGAGACUAUGCCAGGAACAUCACCUCAAUGAUAGAAAAUGUGGAAAUGUUUAAGAAUCAAAGCUUGACAUUACAAGGAGAUCUGUGGAAACAGUUGUCUAAAUUGGAAAAGGAAUUUUGCAGAAUGACAAAACAAGGUGGGAAAGAUCAAGAAAUGUAUGUGUCAGAUCUAAAAGAGGAACGUAGUUUACUCCUCAGAAAACAAAAUGAGCAUGCUCUACCUGACGCCAUGGUGUUAUUUAUCAGUGCAAUUACUCAUUUAUCUAAAAAUGAGAAACAACAUUUUCUUAAAUGGAUGAAAUUUGAUCUUGAUUCCAUUGCAAGAAAAAAUUUAUCCAAAUUACAGACUGAAUAUAAAGAAAAGUGUAACAACCUUAAUGCAUCAGUCAAUCCUCAAGAACUUAAGCAGCUUGACAAGAGAAUUUCAGAGAGUUCAUUAGGAAUUGAACAUUUUCUCCGGGAGUUAGGACAGUUUUAUGAAGCUGAAUAUUCAACAGUAAAAAAUGAAUCUAAAAAACUAUUUAAUACCCUCCCAGGCACAGCAGCCGAUCUCCUGUUGGAUGGGUUCCCAUUGGAGUUGAUUGAUGGAGAUGCCUCCAACAUCCCAUUACAGUGGAUAACUGAUGUCCUGACUGAGCUGGAUAAAAAGACUAAAGGAAACUGUAGGAUGAGAGUAAUAACUGUGCUGGGGGUGCAAAGUACGGGGAAGUCCACCCUUCUGAACACCAUGUUUGGUCUACAGUUCCCUGUGGCCAGUGGACGAUGCACACGAGGAGCCUUCAUGACCCUUAUUAAAAUGAAGGAGAGCUUCCAGGAUGAGAUUGGUUGUGAAUUUAUUCUAGUGAUUGACACUGAAGGGUUGAAAGCUCCUGAAUUGGCUUCUCUGGAGGGCAGCUAUGAACAUGACAAUGAAUUAGCCACAUUAGUGGUUGGGUUGAGUGACAUCACCAUAGUCAACAUGGCCAUGGAAAAUACCACAGAGAUGAAAGAUAUUUUGCAAAUUGUGGUCCAUGCAUUUCUAAGGAUGAAAGAAGUUGGCAAGAAACCCAACUGUCAGUUUGUUCAUCAGAACGUGAGUGAUGUGUCUGCUCAUGACAAGAAUAUGAGAGACAGAAGAAGACUUCUAGAACAAUUAGAUGAAAUGACAAAAGUUGCUGCAAAAAUGGAAAAGAAAAGUGGCUUUGACAAAUUUAGUGAUGUGAUGGACUAUGACUUGGACAAACACAACUGGUACAUUCCUGGACUGUGGCAGGGGGUCCCACCAAUGGCUCCUGUAAAUUCUGCAUACAGUGAACAUGUAUCUGAGCUUAAAAAAUAUCUAUUACAAUUCCUCAAAACCCUGAAACUUCGUGACAAGGCUUUAACAAUACCUGAUUUCUGUAAAUGGCUCACAAAUUUGUGGACUGCUGUCAAACAUGAAAAAUUCAUCUUCAGUUUCAGAAACAGUCUGGUGGCUGAAGCUUAUAAUAAGUUGUCAAUGCAGUUUUCCCUGUGGGAAUGGGAUUUCACUAAAGAGGUCCAUAAAUGGGUAGUAAGGAAAGAGACCAACAUUAAGAAUCAAUCAACUCACAAUUUUGAUGAAAACAGAUAUGAGACAAUCAAGGAUAUUGAUCAGCUUGUCCAUGAUGAAGAGAAGAAAAUGAUAGAGAUGAUAGAGAAAUAUUAUGAAAGUGAAUUGGAAAACAUUAAUCUGAUAGAAAGAUAUCGAGAAGAUUUUAAAAAGAGUGUCACCAGUCUGAGAAAAGAACUCAGGAGAAACGCUAUUGACAAGUAUGAAAAAGCUCUUUCUAUACGAAAAGGAAACCUAAAGAUUCAAGACAUGAAAGAAAAAUACCAGGAAUUAAUUGAAAAGAAAAUCGAUGGACUUCUAAAAACUUGCAGAGAGAAGAACAAUGAGCUAAGUGAGGAAGAAAUAGAAGGUGAAUUUAAUGCCAUGUGGAAAAAGACGCUGCCAGAUUUACAAAUUCAGAAACUGAAAAAGUGUAAUGUGAGUGAUGCAAUUCUCCGGCAACUUCGACAAGACAUGACCAACAAAGGAUCUGAUAUAAAUAAAACAUUACUGGAUGUAAAAAAGUUAACAGAUUACGGCACCAACUUUAAAAUUAAUAAUAAUAAUCAUAUAGAUCUGAAUUGGGUUUCAAAAAAGUGGAAACAAUUCUGGGGAACAAGUAACGAACUAUACGAAAGGCUUAAAGAUCUUGCUACGUCAUUGACAGAGAUGUGUGACAGAUAUGUCACUGAGAGGGAGAAUACCAAUGAGGACUAUGAUGACACUUACUGCCAGGAAAUUCUGAAAAUGAUUAAUACAAAACUAGAAGAUGUACAGUCUAAGAAGCUUCACUUCACAGUACAGUUUGAGUUGGACAUCAAGCUCUUCAUUUUUGGAAAAGCAUCUAAUAGGUUUCAGCAGAUGCAUGAUAGGUUUAUUGAAACAAAUGACCCAAAAACCUGCAUGGACAACCUAAAGCCUGAUUACUGGACUAUCUUUCUUGAUUUUUUUAAAGCAAAAGAUGAAUCUCAAAACCGAGGCCGGCAGUUCUGUGAAAAGUGCCUGACCCCAGCAAUAACUGAUUACGUUUACAAUCAUCUGGGGAGAAUGAUGGUUGAUGAAAUUUUAAAUGGCUCAGACAACCAGAUCUUCAAAAGUAGAAGCUUUUUCCAGUACUAUCUUCUGAAGAGCCUACUGGAUGAAAUGUCUUUUCAGAAAUACGUUCAAUAUAUUAACUAUUAUGAAAGAUUUUCAAAAGACUUGAUCCUAAAUAAAAUAAAGGAAAUCUAUCAGAAACCAGAAGCUCUCGAGCCAUUACAGGCAGAUCUCAUCAGCUCUAUCAGCCGAGAAGUGAUGGACAUUCUUAAAGAAGAUGCAAUUCUGAACAGUGACAACAUCCCUCAGUUCUUAGAAAAUGUUCAGAAGAAGUUAAAUGAAAAGCUCGUUAUUUCCCAGACAGCAAUGAAAAUAAUUUCUUUUAAUAACGAGGUUAAUGUUCGUCAGUUCUCAUCUGAUAUUCAGCUUUUUCUUGUUUCCACAGAACAACAGGUCCUCUCAGAUCUGAAGUCUAUGAGUAUUAACUCUCUACUUUCCAAAAUCAAACUGAAUCCUCAGGAUGAGUUGUUCAGGAAGGUGAUUGGAUGUGGACAUCAGUGUCCAUUCUGUAAAGUCCCCUGUGAGGCCGGAGGUGCUGACCACAAGGAGCACUUUGCUUCUACUCAUAGACCUGAAGGUUUGGGACAAUACAGAUGGUCAGACACUGGAAUUUUAACCACAGACAUUUGUACCACGUCUGUUGUGUCUAAAACUCACUUUAUAAAUUCAGACACAGAUGAUAAAUCUCAUCCAUACAAGGAGUAUCGCACUUACUAUCCAGACUGGGCCAUCGAACCGGACCCCAGCAUCGUGUCCUCAGAUUACUGGAAAUAUGUCUUUGCUCAGUUUAAUGAAGAAUUUGCUGAAGAAUAUGAAGCCAAACCAGCUGACCUGCCUAACGACUGGAAGAAAAUAACAGUAGAAGCGGCCCUCAACAGCUUAAAGAAAACGUUCAAUGUCUGCUAGGAGCUACAUAAAUGUAUGAGUACGUACAUAUGUGUAGAAGAAGCUUCUCACUUAUACGAUUCCACUGAUAAAGAUGUUUAAUCGCUUUCAGGAUUUGUAAAUGCCCGUGAGUCCUGUUGACCCCACCCACUUGUACAUCUAUAGUCAUACAAGGAGGUUCACAGCAGUAUGUGGACAUGGUCAGCAGGACUCACAGGCUCACCCUAUGAAUCCUGGCAGCAGUUUGACAGCCUUUUACAUAAAUCAAAUUAUAGACUUUAUAUCCCAGAGCCCAGCGUCUCCUCCUCUAUCCUAAAAUUAAUCUCUUCUUAUAUUUUGUUAAUAAUUUAUAAAACUGCCAAAAGUAACAAGCAUCAUGCAAUUACCCAGAGCCUGACUGUCCUAAAAAGCUUCUAGUUCAGUACGUUUCAAUGAAACUAUGUUCAAGAAGAUACGGGGACAUCCAACAUCCUCCAUCUGCAGCCCAGGAUUGAGUCAUUCUCCAGGCCCAUUAACUUUUCUCUUGGACUAUUACCUUUCAGGUUACCCAAAGAUUUUUUGUGAUUAUUCAAAAAUUAUGUGUGACCCAUAGACUGAGGUUCUGAGGCUUCUCUGGUUCCUGAUCUGAUGCUCCUCACAUUACUCUAUGAAUUAUCAUACUAGUUUGGAUUGCUGAAUCUAUUGUUCUACCACGCACUUUCACCAUUAAUGAUCCAUUAUGGAACCACCACAUGACAAGGUUGUGUCACUGCUGUGAUGUGUUGCAGUCAAGCACCGUGCGUCCGUAUGGACUGUAGCUGUCUCUUGUUAACUACUGAAGACCGCACGGUAUAGUUGGUCUGCCUUGUUAAUGACCGUACUGAAGGUACCACUCGGCCAUUAACAAUUCAGACUGACUGCACAGAGCAGCUCCAUCCGGCCGUGCAGUACUGUGUGGUCGUACUCUUAAUACCACCUUCUCUCAGGUUGGGGUCUGCGCUUUUGCUUGUUACAUUUAGCAAUAGACAAUAGUUUUGAUUCUGAUCACAAGGACAGGCUUGAGACAUAUUUUUGUCUCAGAUUUAUUUGCAUUAUUAUAGUAUUUAUGCCUAUAAUUAGGGAUGAGCGAAGCGACUUCAGAUGGUACAUCCCAAGUCAAUGCGCUAAAAACGUUGUUGUAAUACUGAGCUGUAUGGGCUCCGAUGAGCCGAAGUUAUUACUUCGCAAAGUCUCAUGAGACUUCGUGUAAUAACUUGGAGAAUUCAUUAUUAAUUAAAAAACCUUGGAACCGAACUCGCUCCAUUCAUUAUUACAACAAAGUUCUUCGCGAUUCGAUUUCGGAUGAAGCAUCGAUUCUCUCAUCUCUACCUAUAAUCUUUAGCUCAGCUUUAAUGUUUUGCUCUUUGCAUAGCCUGAAAUGUAUAAUCUACUCAUCUGAUGUACUCUGUACUGCCAAUACAUUAAACCCAUGCUGUAUCUAC